CCAGACAAGAGAUUCUGUUUUGGGAGUUUACAAAAUAUACUGAAAUGUCAGGCUCCACACCGUUUAAGAUGAGAUUAGUUCAUUUGGACCUUAAAGGAGCUCCACCAAAGGUCUCAUACCUCUCAGAGAUCUUCCCUCUGUUCCAUGAUCUAGGUGCAAAUGGCCUCCUCAUUGAGUAUGAAGACAUGUUUCCCUACGAGGGCCACCUGCAGCUGCUGAGGGCCAAGCACGCCUACAGCCCCUCUGAGGUCAAGGAGAUCCUGCACCUGGCCAGACAGAGUGAGCUGGAGGUCGUUCCCUUGGUGCAGACGUUCGGACACAUGGAGUUUGUGCUGAAGCACGCGGCGUUCGCUCACCUGCGGGAAGUGGCGCUCUUCCCCAACACGCUAAACCCCCACGAGGCGGAGUCCCUGGCGCUGGUGGGAGCCAUGAUCGACCAGGUCCUGGGGCUGCACGGAGGCUCCCCAUGGCUCCACAUCGGGUGUGACGAGGUCUACCACCUGGGGGAGGGGGCGGCCUCGAGGCGGUGGCUGGAGCAGGAGCAGCACAGCAAAGCACAGCUGUGUCUGUCCCACGUGAGGGCAGUGGCCAGCCAUGUGCUGGCCCGGCACCCCGGCACCACGCCCCUGCUGUGGGACGACAUGCUACGGGACAUUCCCAAGGACCAGCUGGCAGUGUCAGGAGUGCCGCAGCUGGUGGAGCUGGUGCUCUGGGACUACAGGGCUGACUUGGACAUCCAUGACAAAGUCCUCCUCAUGGAGAAGUACCGGGAGUGCGGCUUUCCGCGGCUCUGGGCUGCUAGUGCCUUCAAGGGGGCCACGGGGGCCAGCCAAGCCCUGCCCCCCAUCGAGCACCACCUCAGGAACCACGCACAGUGGCUGCAGGUGGCGGGCAGCGGGCCGGCGGACACGCUGCAGGGCAUCGUCCUGACCGGCUGGCAGAGGUACGACCACUUCUCCGUGCUGUGCGAGCUGCUCCCUGUGGGCAUCCCAUCCCUGGCCGCCUGUCUGCAGUUGCUCCUACAUGGAGAAUUUGCCGACUACGUUAAGUCGAGAGUGGAGAGCUUUCUGGGGAUUUCGAGCCUGGACAUAACUGAUUCUGUGAGGCAGCAGCAUCCUCGCCCUUGUCACGCAAGUCAGCCUGCACCUGCGCAGCUCCGUGGAUGCGCUGCUGGAGGGGAACAGGUACGUGACUGGCUGGUUCAGCCCCUACCACCGCAGGCGGAACCUCAUCCACCCGGUCAUGGUCCAGCACAUACAGCCCGAGGCACUCAGCCUGCUGGCCCGGUGGAGCAGCCUCGUGCAGGAGCUGGAGGCCGCCCUGCAGCUUGUCUUCUACCCAGAUGCCGUGGAGGAGUGGCUGGAGGAGAACGUGCUCCCCAGCAUGCAGCGGUUGCAGGGCCUGCUGCAGGACCUCAGCCAGGCAGCUGCCCCCCAGCCCCCAUCCACAGGCCCCACCCCGGACACUGGUUAGGACCCCUGAGCGGGGCUGUGCUGUCGGCCUGGGCAGCACUUCCUGCCCCGGCGUCCAGCUGCCUCUGGCCCCACAUUCACUUCCAGCUGAGCUCCAGGCAGCCCCCUCAGUGCAGACAGCAAUCUCCUGAGAAAGAAAACUAGGAAACAUCGAAGGAAGAGGCACGUGGGGACCUGUUUUAUGAUCUGCAUGUAGAACUUUAUUAAUUUCUUUGAAAUAAAAAGUGGAUGCUAGAAGUCCCACCAACAGAAA